AUGUCGGCCUCGAGACUAAGCUCAGGCGGCAGGAAGCUCAUUACACCGCUGCGCCGGCGCCUGUACUCAACAUCAUCCCCAGCCGGUUCCUCCUCUUCGUCUGCUCCAGCACGGCUACGAUUCGCACCCUCACCGACGGGCUACCUGCAUCUCGGCGGGCUACGAACAGCCCUCUUCAAUCAUCUCUACGCACGAGCUCUUGGAGGCAAGUGGAUUCUUCGCAUCGAAGACACCGAUCAAACGCGGCUUGUACCAGGCUCGGUCGCAGCACUGCAAGAAACGCUGGAAUGGGCCAAACUCGACUACGAUGAGGGGCCGUCUACGGGCGGUAGCUACGGACCAUAUGUCCAGAGCGAGCGCCUCGAUCUCUACCGAGCGUAUGCAGAGAAGCUUGUUUCGGAGGGCAAAGCGUACAGGGACUUUCGCGCCGAGGUGGUCGCACCGGGGACAGAUGUGUCGAGGACAAAGCAUAUGCCGUUGCGCGACAAUUAUAUCCCGCCGAGCGAGUCGGAAGCGAAACACCUAAUCUCACUCAACAAGCCCUGCGUUGUCCGUCUGAAAGCUCCGUCAGGCGCACUUGAUCAUCACGACCUCGUCUACGGCGACGUGCACUUCCCCGCGGACCCACAACGGCAUGGCACCGAAGACCCAAUCCUUCUCAAGUCGAAUGGGUGGCCCACCUAUCACCUCGCCAACGUCGUCGAUGACCACGAGAUGGGCAUCACCCACGUACUGCGCGGCGAAGAAUGGCUCCCGUCACUACCGAAGCAUCUGUGGCUGUACCGAGCGCUGGGACUGCAAGAGCCCAAGUUCGCCCACCUGCCCUUGCUGGUCAAUGCGGACGGGACCAAGUUGAGCAAGAGGACAGGCGAUGUGAGGGUCGAAAGCUACAGAGAGAAGGGCGUGGAGCCCGAAGCACUAUGCAACUUCUUGGGGCUGAUGGGCUAUAACAAUCUGGCAUAUCACCAAUCUGCAGACGGCGGCAAGGAAGGAAGGGUAGAGGGUGAGAAGGACGAGACGGGGUACGAUGUGCUGACGAUGCAAGAGAUGAUCCGCGGGUUUGACAUAUCUCAUGUCAACCGAAGCAGGGCCACUGUCGAUCUGCCGAAGCUGUACUACCUCAAUGCACGGCACUUGGCACUCAAGCUGGAGGACACGAGGACGGGGGGAGGACGGGACGAUUUGGUCGCAAAGGUGACGCCCAAGCUAGUGGAAGCAUUCCCGGACCUCGCCAAGAAGUUCGAAACGGAUCCUGGAUUCGUCGAAUCGGUCAUUGUGCUGACGAAAGGCACAUCAGCAACGCUCUACGACGUGCCCGAGUCCGCACACUCGCUCUUCCGCCGCCCGGACUUCACCUCAUCAGAAGCUCAAGAACUGUUCACACGCAGCUCGCUCAUCAACACACACUUCGCCGACGCUGUCCGCCAGGCGUACGAGCAAUACUCGACGCUGGAGGAAUGGUCGAGGGAGGCGAUCCACAGGGUCAUUGCGGAUCUGCCCAAGCUCCUCUCCGACGCUCAGCCUCCGAAGGACGUAGGGGGCGGCGCAAAGACCAAAGUCAAGAAGGCGGCCGUAUUGGCGCCGUUGCGAUUUGCCAUUAGCGCACGGGAGAGGGGUGCGCCGCUGGCGGACCUCUUCCUGUUCUUGGGCAAGGAAGAGUCGGUGCAGAGGUUGAAUGCCGCUCUAGAGGCGUGUGAGCAAGGGACGCUCAGGGCGGCCUAG